GGAAGGUGGUGGAGGUGGUGGAAGUAUCCUAUCUCAGCCUUUGCGGCAUGACGACUUGAAGGAGAUGCUUGACAGCAACAAAGACUCCCUGAAGCUGGAGGCAAUGAAGCGGAUUGUAGCUAUGAUCGCCCGCGGUAAAAACACAUCAGAUCUCUUCCCUGCUGUGGUGAAAAAUGUGGCCUGUAAAAACAUUGAGGUAAAGAAGCUGGUCUAUGUUUACUUGGUGCGUUAUGCCGAGGAGCAGCAGGAUCUCGCUCUGCUCUCCAUUUCUACCUUUCAGCGAGGGUUGAAGGAUCCAAACCAGCUGAUCAGAGCCAGCGCUCUGCGAGUCCUCUCCAGCAUCCGAGUCACCAUCAUCGUCCCUAUAAUGAUGUUGGCCAUCAAAGAAGCUGCUUCCGAUAUGUCUCCAUACGUCAGGAAGACGGCUGCUCACGCAAUUCCUAAACUCUACAGUUUGGAUCCAGAACAGAAGGACCAGCUGAUUGAAGUCAUCGAGAAACUCCUCGCCGACAAAACUACGUUGGUGGCAGGAAGUGUUGUCAUGGCUUUUGAGGAGGUGUGUCCAGAACGCAUUGACCUGAUCCACAAGAACUACAGGAAGUUGUGUAACCUUCUGAUCGACGUAGAGGAGUGGGGGCAGGUCGUCAUCAUCAACAUGCUGACCCGCUACGCCAGGACCCAGUUCCUCAACCCAAACAUGAACGAGUCCCUGCUGGAGGAGGGAAGCAACAAGACCUUCUACGGCUCGGAUGAAGAUGAGGAUGAGGAGGAGGAGGAGGAGGAGAAAGAUAAGAAGGCAGAGGCUCCUGCCGUGGCCAAGAGGAAGCCGUACGUCAUGGAUCCAGACCACCGGCUGCUGCUGAGAAACACCAAGCCGCUCCUGCAGAGCCGCAAUGCAGCUGUUGUGAUGGCUGUGGCUCAGCUGUAUUUCCAUCUGGCCCCUAAAGCAGAGGUUGGGGUAAUCGCCAAGGCCCUGGUCCGUCUCCUGAGGAGCCACAGUGAAGUCCAGUAUGUUGUUCUUCAGAACGUGGCAACAAUGUCAAUUAAGAGAAGGGGGAUGUUUGAACCGUACCUGAAGAGUUUCUACAUCCGCUCGACAGACCCAACCCAAAUAAAAGUCCUUAAGCUGGAGGUUCUCACCAAUCUGGCCAAUGAGACGAACAUUUCCACCAUUCUCAGAGAGUUCCAGACGUACAUUAAAAGCAUGGAUAAAGACUUUGUGGCCGCCACGAUCCAAGCCAUUGGCCGAUGCGCUACCAACAUCGGCGAGGUGAGGGACACGUGUCUGAACGGCCUGGUACAGCUGCUGUCCAACCGAGACGAGUUGGUCGUAGCCGAGUCGGUGGUGGUUAUUAAGAAGCUGCUGCAGAUGCAACCGGAGAAGCACAGCGACAUCAUAAAGCACAUGGCAAAACUAACAGACAACAUCCAGGUGCCGAUGGCGCGGGCUAGUAUCCUGUGGCUGAUUGGAGAAUACUGUGAGCAUGUACCGAAGAUUGCCCCGGAUGUUCUGAGGAAGAUGGCCAAAUCGUUCACUAACGAAGAGGACAUUGUCAAGCUACAAAUCAUCAAUUUGGCUGCCAAGCUCUAUUUAACCAACUCCAAACAGACCAAACUGUUGACGCAGUAUGUUCUGAACUUGGCGAAGUACGACCAGAACUAUGAUAUCCGUGAUAGGGCGCGCUUCAUUCGCCAGCUCAUUGUGCCCACCGAGAAGAGCGGAGCUCUCAGCAAGUACGCUAAAAAACUGUUCCUCGCCCUCAAACCUGCACCAGUCCUCGAGUCUCCAUUUAAAGACCGAGACCACUUCCAGUUGGGUUCAUUGUCCCACUUGCUGAAUGCCAAGGCUGGCGGCUACCAGGAGUUGCCUGACUGGCCUGAAGCCGCCCCAGACCCCUCCGUGCGCAACGUGGAGGUGAAGGAUUCUGUGCCUGAAUGGACCAAAUGCAGCAGCCGAGAGAAGAGGAAGGAAAAGAAAGUGGAGAAGCCGUUCUACUCUGACUCGGAGGGCGAGUCUGGACCGACGGAGUCAGCUGAUAGUGAAUCUGACUCUGCCAGCGGCUCGGAGAGUGGCAGCGGCAUCGAGGAGAGCGGGUCGGGAUCAGAAAGCGAAGAAAGCGAGGAAGGCUCUGAGUCUGAGGAAGAGGAGGAGGAAGAGAAGGAAAAGGACAAGAAGAAGAAAAAGAAAGAAUUAAAGACGCCAGUGCAAGAAAGCGAAAGCGAGCAGAGUAGUGAAGAAGAAGAGAGGAAGCACGAGAGGAAGAGUAAACAACGUAAGAGCGAGUCAGAGUCUGAAUCGGACGAGGAGGAGGAGAGCGAGUCUGAAAGCAGCCAAUCGGAGUCUGAAGACUCGGAGUCUGAAGCAGAAGUCAAAAAGAAGAAAAAGGUAUUGAAAAAAACCACAUUUUAA